ACUUAAAAAAAAAAUUUGUAUAUUCAGGCGAACGAAAUGCCUCUUGGGAGAUUUGACAGGUCAUAGGUGCGUGGCAGUGUUAGACCGAAGCCACGCCCCACGAGAAGGCUUGAAGCCUUAGAGUCUUAAACUAUAUAGAAAAUUAGAAAUAGCCCGAAGCAUCAGUUGUGUUGGGACGUAGUAGCAUCAUCAUCAAGGAUUGUGCAACCAUGAAAAUUUAUCACAUUCCUUGUCUCCAAGACAAUUAUUCCUACUUGAUAGUGGACGAGAGCACCAAAGAAGGUGCAGUGGUGGACCCUGUUGAGCCUCAGAAGGUUCUCGAAGCUGCCAAUUCCCAUGGCGUCAAUCUCAAGCUUGUCCUCACUACCCACCAUCACUGGGACCAUGCUGGUGGAAAUGAACAGAUAAGGCAACUGGUGCCUGGAAUCAAGGUCUAUGGUGGUUCAAUUGAUAAUGUGAAGGGUUGCACCGAUAAGGGCGAAAAUGGGGAUAAGGUUUCCCUAGGAGCUGAUACUAAUAUAUUGUCUCUUCACACACCUUGUCACACCAAAGGUCACAUAAGUUAUUAUGUGACUGGCAAAGAGAACGAGAACCCUGCUGUUUUUACUGGAGAUACACUGUACACAGUGAAGAAUCUGCAAUUUGCUCUGACAAUUGAGCCAAACAACUCAAGGAUACAAGAGAAGUUAGCAUGGGCUCAGAAGCAGAAUCAAGCUGGCCAACCUACAAUUCCCUCGACCAUUGAAGAAGAGAUGGAGACCAACCCAUUCAUGAGGGUUGACCUACCUGAACUUCAGGAAAAGGUGGGUUGCAAGUCCCCUGUUGAAGCUUUGAGAGAGAUACGCAAGCGUAAAGACAAUUGGAAGGGCUAAUAAUAUUAUGUUACAUUUGUCUUUCUCUGUAAGAAUGUGUUUAUAGACAUUUACAUUUACAUAAGUUGUAACAUUUGGCGUUGCUUAAAACCACCCUGAAGCUGAAAUGAAAAAUAUCAUAAUCAGUAAAUCAGAUGCUUGUUGUGUUAGAGGCGUGGAUUGUGAUUUGCAUAGUACAAUGUUUGUGUUGGUUAGUCUAAACAAAAAGAUGAUGUGUCAUUCAUGUUAUCUACUUCUGAACUAGCGAUACAUGAUUUUCUCCUUUCCUACAUCUGCACGUAACUUUCAACCCCUAAAUUUGAUGUUAUCAACCGUAAGGUUAUACUUUUGGUGACUACCCGGAGGUUAUAUGAAGUUAUGUUUUGUUUC